AAGAAAAAGAAAGGAGAAGGAAGGGGGGAAACACACACACACACACACAAAAACAACCAGCACUAACCAACGCUGGUUUGUUUCUUCAAGAGUUGAAAGGCGGGGGGGGGAAGGAAAGAGAGGGGGGGAGAGGGGUUUUUUUUCCCCCCUCUCCCCUCGCCCGUCCUAUCCUCUUCCUCCUGGUCGCUGAUCUCCCCCCCCUCGUUUUCUUCCCCCCCGGAUCUGCCCCUUUAAGAAAACCCUCUCCCCCCCCACCGUUCCUCUCUAACCCUUUCCACGCUGCCCACUCGCUCGAGGAUGGACAGACUUCGCAAGAAGCGGCGCAAACAUCUGGGAAGAGCCGGCGUGGAUGGCUCCAAAAAGGAGCGCGACCUUGGCAAAGGCGGGACCGACCCGGAUCUGCUUAGAAGUAGUUGCUGCCGCUGCUGAUUGUGGUGGUGAUUGUACUGUUGUCUUGCACCCCCCCCCCGAGUCCCGAACCGCCGGCUCCUUUUUCCAGGACGAAUUGCGGAGAAGGGGACGCGUCACCCCACCCGAUCGAGGGAGAAAAGAGAGGUAACCUUUUUUGUGUGUGUGUGGAAAUACUGUCGAAUUGUAAAACGCGGGCGCGUCUUUCGGGGUCCCCCCUCGGUGGGGAAAGCGAUCCGAGAGGGGGAGGGGAGAGACUUCCUUCUCUCCCCCCUCACCCCCCCCUUCCGUGUUUCAGGAGUUUUACUUUCGCGGCAAACUUUCCGGCUUAUUAUUUAUUAUAUUAAGGGAUUUAUUUCACGGACACCCCAACUUUAUUUCGCCCGGGUUUUGCCUUCCAUUUUCCCUCAAGCUAAUUUUGCACGGCGCUUUCUUUCUCCCCAAACGUUGGCCUCUGCUUUAUUAUUAUUAUUAUUAUUAUUAUUAUUAUUAUUAUUAUUAUUAUUAUUAUUAUUAUUAUUAUUUAUUGACAUUCCUCUUUUGUUGACAGGUUCAGGAAAAAAAAUGGCUUGAGUAGAAAGCGGGCGCCUUCAGAUCGGCGUUCGGGAUUAAACGAUCCUAUCCUUUCUUUGCUUUUUCGAAAGCGAAGAAAAAAAAAAUGGGAUUUUGAGCUAGCCUUCCAGAAGGAGAAACUAACCCCUUGCAAAAUAAAAAAAAUCGAAGGGAUCAUUCAGAAAAGGGGAAAGAGUCCCUAAAUUUGUGAGGAAUGUACCGGUGACCCCUAGAUAUAGAGAGAGAGGUCGGAAUCCAGCCGAGGAAAAGAGAUGGGCGGCUAUUAUUAAUUAUUGUUACCUAAUUAAUGGCGUUCUUUGAGGAGUUCAAGUGGCGUGAAAACGAUGUUGACGGGAACGGAAGCUUUCUGCGGGGAUUAAAGAGGAGGGGGGGCGUGUGGAACCCAAAAGAAAAACCAGCCUCAGACGCUUUCAAUAAAUAAACCAGAUAUUUAAAUUAAAAAAAAAAAAGCGAGCGAAGGCAGGGCUAGGGGUGUUUCCUCUCCAAAAAUAAUAAAGGCCCGAAAAACAGGUAGAAAGGAAAAAGGGGAAGAAGAAAAAGAGAGGUUUGAUGGAAGUUUAAAAAAAAAAGGUGAGAUCUUUGCUAAUAAAAAAAUAAGCAUAAAAAUAAUGGAGCUUUUUUUUUUUUUUGCAAAGAACUUUCGCUUCUGCGGUGGCUUUUGUAUACAUCGGGCAUGUGUGUAGAGGCACACAAAUAUCGGUAGGCCUAGAUUCAUUCCCAGUGCGUGUAUCCCAUUGUGUGUGUGUGUGUGUGUGUGUGUGGGUGUUCCAUAUGUAAACACUUGAGUACUGGAGAGGUCUUGGGGUAGUAGACAGACGUUCCUCUUUGCGUUUCUUUUCUAUGCGCUUUUAAAGUUUGGCUUUCAACGCGCCCUCAGUCACAAACCCUUAACUACACAGAUUUAAUUACAAUCAGACGCGGGGGGGGGGGGAGAGAAGGUCGCCGGGUGUCGCUUGCUUUAAUUUCCCUCGGCUUGGACGGCCGGCUUUUCUUUUUUUAAAAAAAAAAAAUCAAGGUUUCUCUCUCCGCAUCACCACCCCCCCCCAAGUCCGUUUUCACACGUUUUCCCUAAAACUGGGCACGGAAAACGGCCUUAGAAAGAAGAAAGCUGGAAGGGGGGGGAAUACCAGCUAGAGACUCUAACGGGGGGGGGAGGUUGGGUAACCUGUCCUUUUAUUAUUCUAUUAGGACUUUCGGUUUUGAAUUAGCACCCCCCCCCAAAAAAAAAGGAACAGAGGGGAGGGGGGAAAGCUCAUCUUUCAAGCAAGGCCACUCCUGGCUGUUUCCCCUUAGAAGGUGUCAAUUGGAAUUUCAGACCUAACUUUAUUUAUUUAUUCAUUUAUUUAGGGGGGGGGAGAGAAAGGAUUAGAAACAAAAUGCCUUGAACGCGGGAGGCGAUUUUUUUCGAUCCGCGGAGAAACUCGGCGAUUGGAAUAAAGGAGGGGGGGGGAGUUGGUUUUUCUUCCAGCGCAAAUUUCUCGGCAAGGGCGAAUCGGGACGCCGCGUCGAUGACUUCGCCCGGAUUCGGAGGAUGCGUUUACCCAGGUCGAGGACAAUCUUAGGAGAGGCGUUCACACGAUUUACUCAAUCUGGCGGGGUUUAAUUUCCGUUAGACGCGGUUGGGCAGGUGAGCGUUUAGUUACUUUACGCUUCAGUGACUUUUUUUUUAAAAAAAUGGUUUAAACAGCUGUCGUGUGAACGCGGCCAUUGAAUGCAAUUUCUCUUCGCCUCUUAUUUAAUGGAUGUCUCCUUUCCCUCCGACCUGUUUCCUAGGAACACAUUCCCGUGGAGGCGAAUCGCUUGUUGUUAACCCAAGCCCCAAUCCGUUGGAACUGGGGGGGGGGGCGCUUCCUUCCGAGUAAACCUGGAGAAAACGGCCUGAAGGGCGAGCGUGAUUUACUUGCGAGUAAAAGCAGUUGGGACCGCCACUUAAAGUGGAAGAACCCUUGUAAGACCUUGGGAGCUGGGCGGUUUCUGCUCAGCAAGGUGUCGCGGUUGGGUUCCCACGACGCGCUAGCUAGCUCAGGCUAAAGGGAGGCUGGGUCUGCCUUGCGCGGGGCCCAGCCUGUGGGGGAAUCCCGCUCCUCGUUUCCAGGCCUUCGUGUGAAGCCAGGAAAGGGUCUCUUUCUACGGGCAGCCGCGUCCUCUGAAUCCCAGGCCGGAUGGAAAGCUGACUUCGUGGGAAUUCGCCAACCCAGAGAGAACGGCGCCUUUCCCCGACCCCAGAAGUCCCGUGUCGGCGACUGAACGAGAGGGAAAACGAAGUGCGCGCGUGGGGAGGCGUGAACGGUUGAAGGAGAACCUCUGGGGUGCGGGGUCGCGACACGCGCACCUGCCUGCCCCAUCCCGAAGGUCCAGGAGAGGCCGCGUCGGGUUAGGGGAAGAAGGGAGCGCUGCCCCUUUAAACUCCUAGAUCCAAGGCGGGAUAUAAAUCUAACAACACAGAAUUAAUUAACCUCGCGUACCCCCGAACUCUCCAAUCGAGAGAGAGAGAGAGAGAGAGAGAGAGAGAGAGAGAGAGAGAGAGAGAGAGAGUACCAUUGCAAAGCUAACACGCGAAACCUGUUCGCACGACCCCUUCCACGGGGGUUUUCCUCCCGGCUUAUCGUCCCGUUUUCUGGGUUCCCCCAAGCAAGGGAUCCCUGACCCUUCUCGCUCUCCAGCAAAGCUGAAACGGGAUUGACUCGCUUGGAGUUCCGAGCGUCGUGGGAACGCACAAACUUGUAGCACCCCUGUAAGUUUAGGGUGGCCUACUGGAAAGGAGAGAGCGGGAGAAAGAGCCGGAUUGGGGUUUAACGUGGCCUUUAGCGCCCGAAUCCAGCUCCUCUCUCUUUCUCCUCUAAAGCUGCCUCUAUGGUUACUAUUAAUAUAUUUUAAUUGGUUCUGAAACUUUUAUUGUUUAUUAAUAACGCCGAGCUUUCAUUGCUAAUAGUAACAGCAGGGCCAUUAAUAAGAGCUCAGCGUUAUUCCGGUCUACGAGGCAAAAUUGUUUGUCGUGUCUCCUCCAUUUCCCCACCAGAUAAGGGUUGAGCUGCGUUCUCACAACAAGCUGGUUAAGCUCCCCCCCCCCGCGUUUCCUGUCCCCACAACACCCCUCACUCUGCCAGAAACACAGCAGUGGCUGCCCUUGUGCUAAGCCACAGGCAAAACCUCCGGCUUUAACGCACUAUGGGAAUGCAGGCCUAAGUCUGAUUUUUAGCCAACAUCGCACCCAGCCUUAGGAUGGUGGGAGUAUAACCCUAUCCUGGUUAAAGCAGCCUGGUCCCAGUCCCCAGUGGCAGCAGGAAUAUGGGCAACUCAGUGGGCAGGUUGUGGUGUCACAAGACCAGUCACACAACCACAGGUAAGUCUUCCUUGCUCUGGCUGGCCUACCUCACGGGGUUGUUAGAACAAGGAGAGAAAGGAAACAGCUUGUUCAUCUGCUGUUUACAAACCCAAAGUUGGGUCUGAGGUUACAAAGUCUUGACUUCGAAAUAAACAAGGGUGAAUUGGACCCCGGGGUUUUUUUUUUUUUUUCUGCUUUAAUGGUUCCCCCCCCCCCACUCCGCCUUCCUCCCUCCUUCCCGCUGCGUCUCAACUCACUCCAUCCUUUGGCAGGCAAACUUAAUCCUGGGAGCUCAGAGGCCCAUUCCGGAUGCGUGAGGGGCGCUUGAACAGAGAAGCAACACCUGGCCGCAUUCACACGAUACACACCAGUCCAGCUCACACCUAGCUGAUGGCUUUUUAGUCCGAGUUUGAGUGCAAAUCCUGGAAAGUGGGAGAGGAGAGGGGCAGCUUCUGGUCCUUUUCGGCUUCCUUUCCAAGCUUCGAACGUCCAGCGCCCGCUUCCUCCAGCCGAGAGACAAUCGGCAACAGCUUCGUUUUGUCAACCCAGCAUUUAAUUCGCCGAGCCGCCUGGACAGGGCAGCAAACAAAGCCGUCAUGGUGUCUAAGAAGACGGAAGGUCCUUCAGCCCUCUGGAGAUCCCAAGAGCAAGCUGGAGAGUUUUGCCAAGAAGGGGAUCGGCAACUAGCCAACGGCGAACUCCCAUUGGCCACUGCCUUCUAUGUCGCUGGAUCCCUUCUCUGCUCCCCCAUGGCCAUCAAGAAGAUGGUGGCUCUGGAGAAGGAGGUCCAGGCCAACAUGGUCGCCCUACUGGAGAGCUGGUGUCAAGGUGAAAGCCCCAUUCCGAAGCUUGAGGGACCCUUGGACCCUCCGCCGCUCAGCGUGGCAACGGUGGCUGCUUUUCUCCUGGCCUUCGACCCCCACAACGUGACCGCCUCGCUCUUCAGAAUGGAAGCUUUGUUCAAGGCGGGCCACCCCCACCAGGUGGCCACCCAGUGUGACUCUCUGCUGGAGGUCCACCCUUGCGUGGAGCUGCUUCUCACCCACGCUUUGGCCCUGGUGCUGUCCCAAACGCACUCCCAAGACGGGAUCGCGGAGUACCUUCAGGCCUUUGUGGAAGAUCGGAACGAGACGGUGACGUUCAUGAGCCGGAGACAGAGGAGAUACACGGAGAAGAUCAUCCAGGCUUCUUUGGACUGCCUCUCGCUUCAAGACAACGAUCCGAAGGAGAUACUUAGCCGGAAAGACCUUUGCUAUGACUUCCUGGCUGCCAUAGCCCCUGAGGACCUCCGGGUCUGUCACAUUCAGGCCAAGCGUCUUUUGGAGCGUCGCAUGUACGAGGAAUGCGUGUCCCUCUCCAGCAGGGCCUUAGAAGCCUUCUCCUCCAGCGACGAGGAGACCUCAAGUCUUCGGAUGCUCCGAGCCGCGGCUUUCUUUGCCAUCGGAGGCCACGUCUCGCAGAUGCUGAUGGACCUCAUGGCCGCUUUUGAGGCUCACCCCGAGCUGGCCAAGAUCUCCUUUGAAGCCCUCUUCUCUCCAGGAGAGGCUGGAAGAGUGGAGAAGGACAGCCGGGCAGUCCUGGAGGCGGAGUUUUCCGCUUACAGAGAAGCCGUCCGCGUCAGGAACGAAGUCCGGAGCAACGGUGGUCAAGAGUUGAUUCCUCCCGUCCUCCGUACGCUCCAGUUUCUCAUCCGGAUCGCCCCGGGAUCUCUGCGGGAACUAAAUGUCCGCUUAGCAGAUUGCUACCUCCUGGAAGGUAACGUCCCAGCCUCCUUGGAGAUUUGCAACCGCCUCUUGGCCUCUGCAGAAGCCACCUACCGGAACACCCUCCUGGCCCAGCGCGGGCUCUGCCACCUUCAUGCCAAGCGCCACGCAGAGGCCCUCGGAGACUUCCAAGCGGUCCUGGAAGACGGUACGCCGCAUCCCAGCAGCUGCGUGAAGGCCCUGUGCGGACGGGGCCUGAUCCGUGCCUGGGCUGGCCAGCCGUAUCUCACCGCCUUGGAUUACCUGACCGCCUGCGGACUCAGGUUCGAAGAAAGCGGGUUUGUGAUCAAGGCCUACGUCCCCUGGAACCAGAGAGGGUUCCUCCUGCUCGUCCUUCAGGAGCAAGUGCAGAAGAUGCUGGAGAGGAAGGAGAAAGUCCGUGGCAGGUCAGAGGACCGAUUGGAGAAAACGGGAUGGAUGGACGGCCUCCAGAAGGACGGGGAUCCCUUUGGGAUCCACCAACUGGCUUCUCUGCUUCUGGAACUGGACAGUUCGGACGAGGCGUCGCGGCUGCUGUGCGCCGAUGCUUUGUACCAACUGGAUCGCCUGGAAGAAGCCCACAAGAUCCUUCGGCUGGCCCUCUCCAAGGACUCGGAGAAAUCGUCCCUUUUGGCCCGGCUGGCUCUUUUCCAGCUGAGGAAAGGCCGCGUCCCUGACUGCAACCAGUACUUGAAGAAGUUGAUUCAGACAGGCAAUUUGUCCUGCCUCCAGGCCUUUGUGAAGGUUUUAAAAGAAGACGACCGAGUCCUGUGGAAAAGCCACUGUCACACCAGGGCUGUGGCUGUCCUGCAAAACGAACCAGGCGAGGUUUAUCUGAAGGAAGCCGUUGCCUACCUCUCCUUGGCCAUCCCCGCGGGCGGGGGUAAGGCUGUCGAUUCCCUUCUGCUGCGCGCUCGUUGUUACGGGCUGCUGGGACAGAAGAAAACAGCCAUAUUUGAUUUUAAGGCUGUCUUAAAAGAAGAUCCGAGAAACACCCGGGCUCUUUGUGGGAAAGCGUUCAUUCACCUGGCCCUGCAUCAGAAGAAGGAGUCAACACAAGAUCUGAUCUCAGCUCUCCAAGGGGAUCCAGCCUCAGCUAUGGCCGAAAUCUGCUCUCUAAAGCCGGACACUCAAAUCCAAAUUCGCUCUUGGCUGCUGGAGUACUGCAAGGAUGCGUUGAUGGACCUUGGCCGUAGCCAAGACCCCCUUGCGGCAGAAACCUUGAAGGACCUCUCCAAAGUGGGAGAAGCCUUGGUGGAAAUGGACAACCAGGACAACGAAACCCACAUCCUUUGUGUUGACCUCCAAAUCGCAAGGGGAAGACCCAAGACUGCUCUGUCGUAUCUCCAGAAGAUCUUUGGGCAAAGUGAACCCAACGAUGCCGUCAACUCUCGGCUGGGAAUUCUGCAAGCGAUAUUGGGGAACUUGAACGGAAUCCACAUUUUAGCCACCUUAGCAGCAAAGGAACACAAGGACUUAGAGCACCUGAUGGGGUUUUUAGAUGCCAACCAGCGGCUAAAUCUUGCUCAGGUUGCAGCCAGAGAAGCGAAGGCAAUGCUGAAAGACCAGUGUCCCCUAGGAGCUGUCAAAUACCUCACCUUAGCUACCUUGGCAAGCCACAAUAACCCACAAUAUCUUCGCCAGCGGGCUGCUUGCUGGACCCAGUUGGAAGAUUACCGGAGCGCUCUGGCAGAUAUCCAGAUGGUGGUGCGAAAACACAGCACCAACACCUUGAAAACUCAAAUUGGGGACUUCUGUUCCUGGGGACACCUGCUGCUGUCCACUUCGGAGGAGGAGCUGGCCGUAAAGCAAUUUAUUCACGCCCUACAGCUUGACCAGCCCUUGGCCCUGAGCCAUGUCCUCGCCGAUCACAGGAGGGAGGAGGUAUCCAAAGCCUUCCUACGGACCGCCCACACUUAUUUCGCAGCUGGCCAUUACGAAGAAGCGUGGACGACUGCAAAGUUUGGCCUCCUGGUUGACCACAACAGCCCUGGCCUUCAAAAGCUAAAAGCCAGAAUUAAACGGCAGGCCUCGGGUUGCGGAAUUCAAUAACGUGUUUCUUGUUAUCGAUUUAAUUAAGUCUAACAAUCGCAUCGUUCUUGGUGUUUUUUUUUCUCCUUUCCUUUUGCUGGCUACAAAAUUCGGUUAACUAAAGAGGGAGACAUUUGAUUGGAUAACCAAGUUUUGGAGGAAGAAUUUGACUUAUUAAGCAGUUUCUUGAGCUUUUUUUUCCAACAUGUGAAGUUGAAUGCUUCAACUUCAGACUUGUCUCCUGCUUCCUCUCACUUCCUGCUUGGGCAGUUACCUGGUUUUAACUUCCUGGAAGAAAAGCAGAAGCCGUUUCAUCCUCGUUUACCCCUCUGUGAAUAUCUAGGCAACCUUUUUGUCUUCGGAUGUGCCGACUUCAUUUCCCUUCGGUCCUCGGCCAGCAUGAGUUGGCACGGAAUCAGUAAAGGACCCGUCUUGUCCUCAAGUCAUAGAAUCACAAGGCAGGAAGGGACCUUGGAGGUCUUCUAGUCCACCCCUCUUCCAAGGCAGGAGACCUUACACCAUGCUGGACAAGCGGCUGUCCAGUCUUUUUUUGAAGGUCUCCAGCGAUGGAGCACUCAUACCUCCAGGAAGCAAAUGAAGACAAUGUCCUAGCUCACGGGGGUCUCCAGGCUUGCCCACUUUCAAGACUUGUGGACUUCAACUCCCAGAAUUCCUCAGCCAUCCAUCUCCUUAAGUAAGAUGAGGACUCUCAACCGAACAUCCAAAGUUCUGGAGAACCUCUGAAGACAUUUGAGGUCCUCCACCUUCCGCGCCUGGGACACCAUGCUUGAAAGGCUGCGCUUAAUUCAACGCAAUUAAUAUGAUUGCUGCGUGGAUACAAAAAGGCACCACGUGCCCCUUUUGUUCACACUCAAAAUUACAGCCCAGUGAAAAUUUUUGCCAGUUAAAGCAAGUUUGGGCAAGGCCAGAUACAAAGACUGCACGUUUUUCUCUUCCUCAACCUCAGCAUCCUGUCAGUAACUUUUUAAAAAAAAAAAAAAAUCCGUAAUUAAUCCUUAAAAAUUAAUCAUAAUCCUUAACCACAAUCCUUCAUCCUUACAAUUCAUCAUAACCCUUUACAAUCAUUCUCAACUCUUAAUCAAUCCUUCAUCAUCCUUAAUGUCCUCAAUUUACAGCAGUUCGUUUAGUGACGGUUUGAAGCUACAACGGCACUGAAAAAGGUGAUUUAUGACCGUUUUUUCACACUUACGACCGUUGGAGCAUCUCCGUGGUCACGUGAUCGAAAUUGGCAACUGACUGGUAUGUAUGACGGUUUUGCAGCAUCUCCCGGGGUCAAACUUCUGACAAGCAAAGCCAAAUUCACUUGACAACUCUGUAACUAACUUAACAGAAAUUCACAGAAAUUUAAGUCGUGCUCACAAGCCGACAACUACGUGCCCUAAUUAAGCCAAGGAACAAUUACAGGAACGGGAAAGUCUUUGAGUCCAUUUACCGUGCCAAGAUUUAAAAUCCUUCUUCAAGGAAGAUCGGGAAUCCCCUCUUUCAAAUCCGUUUUGUUUAUUUCUUGAUUAAUUCGAUUUUAAUCCGGUCUUUAAUACCCCACCAUUAACCCAAAGGCAAACUAUACAUAAUUUUCACCCUCCCUCCCAUUUCUGUGGGGAGUGAGGUUAAAAAGUAAAUAUUAAGGGGAAACAAGUUCCCAACGGAAAAAAAAAAAACAAAGAUUGGAGAGUAGAAGAAAUUUGCCCGAAAAUUUGUUCUUUUUUUAAUCAGCAAUUAUUCUAUACAGUAGUGCAGUGUUUCUCAACUUCAGCCCCUUGAGCAUAGGUGGACUUCAACUCCCAGAAUUCCCCAGCCACGUAGCAGACAAAUUUUGAGUUUAUUUAUAUAUCAUAUUUAGAAACGGUUCCUCUCCGUCCUGGAGAAAAAAAACUACGUUAGAUUUGUUAGAAAGCAUUGCAAAGCAUUCCAAGGACAGAGUAAGUUGUUUGUCCGUGAUCCACAUAUACACACUUUUGCAAUUCCUUCUCCUUUCCACCCUGUUUCUCACUGAAAAGAUGGGUUAUAUUUUUGCAAUACAGACAGUCCUCGGCUCAUUUAAUUGACUGUUCGAAGUUGCAAAAGCACCAAAAAAAAAAAAAAA